CCGCCGCCCGCCGCCAUGGCUGCGCCGCCGCCCCGCUCCUGCGACACCUUCGUGGCGCUGCCGCCCGCCGCGGCGGGGGGCCGCGUCGUCUUCGGCAAGAACUCGGACCGGCCGGCGGAGGAGGUGCAGGAGGUGCUGUGCUUCCCGGCCGCCGCCCACCCGCCCGGCGCCCCGCUGCAGUGCACCUACAUCCAGGUGGAGCAGGCAGAAAACACCUACGCCGUGGUCCUGAGUCGUCCGGCCUGGCUCUGGGGGGCCGAAAUGGGCGCCAACGAACACGGCGUUUGCAUUGGGAACGAAGCGGUGUGGGGAAGAGAGGAAAUCGGUGAUGACGAAGCUCUUCUAGGCAUGGAUCUCGUAAGGCUUGGACUCGAGCGAGCGGACACAGCUGAAAAGGCCCUUACUGUCAUAGUUGAUUUGCUAGAAAAAUAUGGACAGGGAGGAAACUGUAUGGAGAGCCAUAUGGCUUUUACAUACCAUAACAGUUUUCUGAUAGCUGACAGAAAGGAGGCAUGGGUACUGGAGACCUCAGGAAAAUAUUGGGCAGCAGAAAAAGUAGAAGGUGGUGUACGGAAUAUUUCUAAUCAGCUCUCUAUCACAACCAAGAUUGACAGAGAACAUCCAGAACUGAGGGAAUAUGCCAAAAGCAAGGGCUGGUGGGAUGGGGAAAAGGAAUUUGAUUUUGCUGCCACGUAUUCUUAUGUAAAUACUGCCAGAAUGACUACAUCCAGAGGCCGAUACUGUGAAGGCUAUAAACUUCUGAACAAACACAAAGGCUCUAUUACUUCUGAAAUAAUGAUGGAAAUUCUUCGUGACAAAGAGAGUGGCAUUAACAUGGAAGGUGGAUUUAUGACAACUGGAAGUAUGGUCUCUGUAUUGCCUCAGGAGCCUAGUCUCCCUUGUAUUCACUUUUUCACAGGAACUCCAGACCCUGAGAGGUCUGUAUUUAAGCCUUUCAUUUUUGUGCCCAAUAUUACACCGUUACUAAAAACUAGCUCCCCUACAUUUGGUCCUGAUGAUCCAGUUAAGAAACAACCACGUUUUCAGACUAAGCCAGAUCGAAGACAUGAGCUCUAUAAAAAACAUGCAAGUGCUGCUGUAGUUAUGGAAACUACCAAGGGAAAAGGUAAAAAGAUGCUGGAACAGAUGCAGAAGUUGGAGAAACAGAAAAUCAGUGAAAUGGAAUCAAUCCUGCAAAACAGAUGUCUUGACAUUAACCAAGCUGUUAACCUUUUUUCACAGUGUGUAGAAGAAGAACUCAAAAUAUAUACAUAAAGCUACUAUUUGAAUGCAGUAUAAUACUGUUUUAUGAUUACCUGUUCUAAUUAAGUGGAUAUAUACAUUACAUCUUAUUUUCAAUAUACCAGUAACUAUGGACAGUUUAAGAGAUGUGGAUUCAUAUUUGAGCCAAACAGUAUGAAGCAUUGCCUCAAAGGCUCUUCAGAGCUAGGGAGUAGCUUUGUCUACGAGUGGCAUACAGCUGUCAGCAGAGAUCGAUUUGCCAACAAGCUGAGAGGCAGUUAGAAAGCAAGAUACUGGACUGACUUACCUGGACAAUAGAUUGUCUAUUAGAAUCCCUUCAUUGGAUGAAGAACACCAACUCUGAUUUAGACAACUCCCUUCUAGUUAUACGCUUAUGUAGCUUUUAUUAUAAAGAUUAUCAUCGCAGGAGAAUUUCACAUUAUCUGAAUUAAAAUGGCAACACUGGAUGACUUCCUAAAAUAUGGAACUUGCACUGAAUAAAAAGGAAAGUGAUAUGCAAGUCAAGCAAGAUCAAUUUCCAACUGUUUGAUAAAGCCCUUUAAGAUAUGUUUCAUAUGUGAACCGUCUACUCCUUUAAUGCAAACUGAGUAAUUCAAACUGAGAAUAAGAGUCCAAGGUAUAUUAAAAACAAAUCACAGUUACAAUUGUACAAUACUUUGUUCUAAAAUCUGAUCACACAAAAUUCAACAAUUGAAGUGUCUUGCAGGUUACCACAGUUAGUUUUUCACUUCCCUAUCUCCCUAUUUUGCCCACCCUUAAUCUGAAAAAUACUUUUUUUACAUACAAUAUGAUUACUGUUAAUUCUGCAGUAUAUCACACUGGAUUGUUUUGAAAUGUUUCUUGAAUUGUUACAUUUUUUUAAAUCAGGCAGCUAGAAAGGAAGAGGUCAGUGUACACAGGGAUAUAAAGUAUACAUAUAUUCAUCAUGACCCUUAAAAGGACUUUUAAAUUUUCCACUUCAUAUGCACCCUUUUAAUCGUAUCUUAUCUUUCCAAAAUUGCUAGUCAAGGAGUUGAUUUAACACAGCUUUUUUCUUGCCAGGCAUUCUUCCUUCCUGAUUGUGUGUAGAUGUAGUGAUCAAUCUGUGACUUUCUGCAUGAUCUAGCGGAUAAGUAGUGCAAUAGUUCUUCAUAAGCAUAUAAUGUUAACAGAAUUAAGUAUGCCAGAUAUCUUUUGUCUUGUUGACUUUGACAUCUAGGACUCUGAGCUUUUUUUUUUUUUUUUUUUAAUGAAACCAAGUGUCCAGUGUUCGCUAGGAGAAACAGAAUCCUCAGCCAAUGCUGUUAACAACUGUUUAUUUCAGUAGCUUGCCCUUUUGUAUUUUUGUGUUCUUAUAUACAUAAAAUACGCUGAAAUUUAGUCAGUUUCUAGAAUAAUUUCAGAUGCUAAAGAUGUGGAUACAAACAUCCAGUUUUCUCCUUUUAUAAAUUGUUCUAUAUCCCCACUGAGAAAAAAAUGCAGAAGAAAUACAUAUGCAAUUAACUUUGUAGAAUGCUGCUAAAUGAAUGAGAAAAUGAGCUUGCCAGAACUUGUUCUUCCUGAUCCUACAGGGAAAGUAGAGGUUAAUUUGGGAAACUAUGUUCACCUCCACAGCAGGAAACUAAUGGAUCAGUAAAGAUCCUUGAACUUUAUAGUUCCAGUGAUCUAGUUUUACUGAUCUGUGUAUCAAGUGGCUGCAGCAAGUCAGAUCAUCUACAAAAGUAGGCUUAAAUUUACUGUGAAUCUUUUGUUCCUGCGCUGCCAACAAAAUUUCUAAGAAGCUCAAUAGGACAGUGGACGCUCAUCAACUGGAAGAUACAUUUAAUAAAAUGUGGUAUUUUACCCAUUUUCCUCAUA